AUGGUACUGCAUUUGCGUCGAGACUCUUCUUUACAGGUGAACUUUACUGACAUUGACUACAUCGUCUAUAGCGACGCAGCGCGCCAUGUUGCUGAGGGAAGAAGUCCUUUUGCCAGGGAGACUUAUAGGUAUACUCCAGCUUUGGCGUGGAUUCUUCAACCCGUUGUUGCCUAUAAGGACUUCGGUAGGUCUCUUUGCAAUCUAUUGUCUUUUCAUCAAUCUUUUCCUCAAUACACGAGAGAGAAAACCAUAUUUUUAGGAAAAUACCUUUUUUGCAUAUUUGACAUCCUCGUGAACUUUACUGACAUUGACUACAUCGUCUAUAGCGACGCUGCUCGCCAUGUUGCUGAGGGAAGAAGUCCUUUUGCCAGGGAGACUUAUAGUUGCCUGCUUUUUGAAGGUAUACUCCAGCUUUGGCGUGGAUUCUUCAACCCGUUGUUGCCUACAAGGACUUCGGUAGGUCUCUUUGCAAUCUAUUGUCUUUUCCUCAAUCUUUUCCUCAAUACACGAGAGAAAAUCAUAUUUUUAGGAAAAUACCUUUUUUGCAUAUUUGACAUCCUCGUUGGGCAAAUGUAUUUUGCAAUGAUGCCUCCGCGAAAGAAUGAAAGUAGCGACGAAAACAAAGAUGAUCCAGCCUUGCUUUAUGUUGUCAUCUUUUGGCUUGCAAAUCCUCUAACUGCAAUAAUAUCUGCGAGAGCUCUGUAUAUUGCUGUGUGGAAGAUUCCUCAAUGUCAUUGGAUUGCUGCCGCUUUCACCCACGGUGCUUUAGCUGUACACUUGAAAAUCUACCCACUGAUCUACUUACCAUCGAUAUUUCUGUAUCUCUGUCGAUUCACUGCGAAUAAAGGGAUUAUUGCUGGUUUAAGACAGCUGCUGUCGAAUUGGAAAGGUUUCGCUUUUGCCGCGAUAAGUAUGGGUAGCUUCGCAGUGAUCGUUGCAUUUUUCUAUCACAUUUAUGGUGAUCUCUUCCUAGAGGAGUUUCUUCUUUAUCAUAUCAAAAGGAGAGACAUUAAACACAAUUUCUCACCAUACUUUUACCCGUUGGCAUUGGUGGACGACAAUGAGACUAUCUCGAAGAUCAUUGGAUUUCUUGCUUUUUUGCCGCAAGCUUUUCUUGUGAUUUACUUCGCGUUCAGGUUCUACCGCGAUCUUCCAUUCUGCUGGUUCCUCAGUACAUUUGCUUUUGUUACUUUCAACAAAGUGUGCACUAGCCAAUACUUUGUUUGGUAUAUUGUCUUUCUGCCUUUGAUUGUUGACAGAAUCAAGAUGACUACGAGUGAAGCAGUACGCCUGAUUUUAAUGUGGUUUGCCAGUCAAGGAGUGUGGCUCUUUUUCGCCUAUUUAUACGAGUUCCAAGGAUGGCAGACUUUGGAAUUGGUGUUUAUGGCCUCAAUAGGAUUUCUUUUGACGAACAUCUACAUACUGGUAAAAGUUAUCAAUGCCUACGCUGGUAUUGGUGAUGUCUCCGCUAAAACUAAGGGCGAUUAA